AUGGCGACGCCGGCGUCGAGGCGUCUCUGGCGCCUCAGCCUCCAGCUCCACGGCGCGCUAGGCCAUGAGGGUCGUUCUUCCCUCGCUUCCUUGUCCUCUUCUUUUACCUCGAGUGCGUCUCUCUCACCUGCUUCUCCCCAUCCUGCCGCGGUGCAGGCUCCUGCACCGUCCUUCGCUUCUGUCGCCUGGCCUAGCCCUUCGGCUCUGCGCCAGGAGGGCGCGGCGCCCACGCGGAGAGAGCUUGAGAAGGGACGCGCAGCAGACGACGUGGCGCCGCCCUCUCCGCCUUCCUCGGCCGCCCAGCAGCGCCGUGCGAUGUCUUCCUCCGCCGGUCCGCUUGCUGGCCCCGAGGCGCUGUAUGGUGAGCAGCUUCUUUUGGAGUUUUCUGGCGACGCGGAGGCGGCCUCGGGGUGCUUGUCUGUCGCCUUGAACCGGCCGAAGCAGCUCAACGCACUCAGCGAGAGCAUGGUCUUGGCGUUUCGCAGCUUGCUUUUUCGCGCAGAGGAAGACCCUCGCGUGUCGCUCCUCCUCCUCGCUGGAGAAGGCGGGCGCGCCUUCUGCGCAGGCGGCGAUGUGCGGCGCAUGCGCGAGGCUCCCAAGGCGGACGUCGUGCGGUUUUUUGGCCAGGAGUACGCGCUCAUUUACCACAUGUCAAGAAUAAAGAAACCCGUUGUCGCCCUCUGGGACGGCAUUGUCAUGGGCGGGGGCGUGGGAAUCUCCAUUUUUGCGUCGCACCGCAUCUGCACGGAGACGACGGUGUGGGCAAUGCCCGAGGCCGCGAUCGGCCUCUUCCCCGACGUCGCGGCGGCCUUCUUUCUUCCGCGGCUGAAAUCGUCGCCUGCUGUGGGGUUCUACGCUGGCCUGGUAGGCGCCCGCUUCCAGGCGGAAGACUUAGUUAAGACCGGGCUCGCCACCCACUUUGUUCCGCGCGCCAGACUGGAGGCGCUCUCGAGCGAGCUGAAAAAAGUUAGUGGUUUUCUCGCCCCGGAAGACGCUCGCGCGGAGGUGGAUCGCAUUCUAGCUGCGUUCGCGGAGCCGAUUCCUGGGUCGUCUUCAGCCUCCGCUUCGUCUUCAGGCUCGCUUUCGCAUCUCUCCCCCGCAGUGAUGGAAGGCAUCGAGAAGUACUUCUCCGCUCUGCCCCCCACCUACAAGGAUCUCGUGUCGACGCUGGAGCAAGGGGAAGCGUCGGGGUGCGCCUUCGCGGCGGAGGUAAUGAAGUCGCUUCACGAGCGCUGCCCGUUGUCGUGCGCAGUCUGGUUUUCGCUUUUCACGCGCGCCCUGCGGCAGAAAGCCCCGGGCGCCGCGAGCGGUACGCCUUUCUUCAGCCGGCGCCGUGAAGAGGGCGAGACGCUUCUUGAGGUGCUGAGGCAGGACUUCACUCUGGCGCAGGCGCUCAUCUGCGCGUUUCCUGACAACUUCAGGGAAGGCGUCCGCGCCGUUCUCGUAGACAAAGACAACCGGCCUCGCUGGACGCCUCCGACCGCUGACGGCCUGACAGAAGAAGACGUAGCGAGAGUCCUCAACUACGAAGAAGCUGAAGGCCUUGACCGGUUUUUGCAUGGCUGA